AUGUAUCGAGUAGCGGGCAUUUGUUUAUUAGCCAUCGGCCUGGUCUCUGCCAUUCCAGUCGACAACGGAGUCGAGGGAGAGCCAGAGAUCGAGUGCGGCCCCACCUCCAUUACCGUUAACUUUAACACUCGUAACGCCUUCGACGGUCACGUCUACGUGAAGGGUCUCUUCGACCAACAAGGCUGCCGUUCCGAUGAGCACGGUCGCCAGGUAGCUGGCAUCGAGUUGCCAUUUGACUCUUGCAACGUCGCCCGUACCCGCUCCCUCAACCCUAAGGGAGUCUUUGUCAGCACCACCGUCGUCAUCCAAUUCCACCCUCAAUUCGUCACCAAGGUCGACCGUGCCUACCGUGUACAAUGCUUCUACAUGGAAGCCGACAAGACCGUCAGCGCUCAGAUUGAGGUUUCUGAUCUCACCACCGCCUUCCAAACCCAAGUUGUACCUAUGCCAAUCUGUAAAUACGAGGUAAGUUACCCAUAUUGUCUUAUGUGCCACAUUUUAUAGAUCUUGGAAGGAGGACCAUCUGGACAACCCAUCCAAUUCGCCACCAUUGGUCAACAAGUGUACCACAAGUGGACCUGUGACUCCGAGACCACUGACACCUUCUGCGCUGUCGUCCACUCUUGCACUGUUGAUGACGGUAACGGCGACACCAUCCAGAUCUUGAACGAGGAGGGAUGUGCUCUCGACAAGUUCUUGCUGAACAACUUGGAGUACCCAACCGACUUGAUGGCCGGUCAAGAAGCUCACGUCUACAAAUACGCCGACCGUUCUCAACUCUUCUACCAAUGCCAGAUCAGUAUCACCAUCAAGGAGCCAAACAGCGAGUGUGCGCGUCCACAAUGUUCUGAACCACAAGGCUUCGGGGCCCAGAAGUUGGGAGGUGGCGCUGGUGCCGCUCCAGCUGCCCCAGCCGCCGCUGGAGCUCCAGCUCAAUUGCGUUUGUUGAAGAAGAGAUCUGUCGAGUACGAGAACACUUUGGACGUCCGUACUGAGUUGUCUGCUCUUGAGAUUAGCGAAGUAAGUUCAGUAAUGUUGUUGAAUAGCUUUGUUAAAUUAUAUGAAUUAACCGUAUCUUUUUCAGCAGCAAGACCAGAAGUUGCCCGCUGGCCUCCGAUACAGACAAAUGAGCGAGAUCUCGAACAACGUUUGCCUCUCACCCAUCGUCAUCUCCUCGAUGUUGAGUGUGGUCUCGAUGAUGGUGGCGGCCUUGAUGGUGGUGUUCUACUACUACCUGAGACCCGCCCAGCCCGUAAAGCCCUUCUAA